UCUAAACCAAGUUGGUAUGUACAUGCGCCAGAGAUAAGAUCGAGUUAGUGUAGGACUAUGAGUUGUACAAAUCGACAACUUUCGGUCCACAAGACAUGAAUCUAAUUAGAUUGUUUAAGUCUGUAGACGAGGUCGCACUAGUAGAUACAAUCUCAUGGUGAGAAUCGUCGGACUAGCUCGGAUGACUUGGGAGAAGAAGAGCGAAAAGAAAAGAAGAGAACAAAUACCGAUCGCGAAUGAAAAUUAAACCCAAUACUACCUUAAUAUCGAAAUACCUUAUUGGAGAGUUACAAACGACCAUUCGGCAAAUCAUACUGCUACCCGAGGCCACAAAUUUAUCUGAAACACGUAUCAACGGGAAGAUCUCAUUUGGUCUUUCCCCUCCGUAAAGGAACUUCUAAGCGACAUUAAGAAAGUGGGUACGGGACCAAGAGCAGGGAAAUUUAUACCCUGGAAUCUAAUAUAUCAGGGACCAUUAUACAUAACAUAUUACAUAUCAAUUUGGCGCCAACGAUGAGUAUAUCCAAAGGUCUGAUACUUAAGAAAUUGAUUGAUGUUACUCCACAAGACGUAAUGUCCCAAACUCGGCGUUGUAUUGGUACGGAACUGGAGAUCUGGACCCUGAACCAUGGAAAACGAGAACUGAACCUGAGGAGAGAAGAGGAGGCUGGAUAUUGCGUCCAAAGCUACUAAGAACAAUAGUGUUCGUUUAAACUUCGAACCUCCUUGAGUCCCAACCGCAUCGAUUGAAUUCCUAUUUUGAAGUCAACUGACUAAGGCGGAGAUUCUGCCUAUUUGAGACAACGGUACUAUGUUUGUACGCGCAGCUCAUGUCUCUGUUGCCUCUGCAGGUCCUUGCCUGGUUCCUAAGUAUAACCCAACAUUUUUGCCACAUGCAUGUGCGUAGAGCGCUAAACGGCGCAAUGAGAACACAUAAAAAAAAAAGAAGGGGGAAAAAAAUAGCAGCGGAGAAUUUUAACUUACAGCCUGUUUUUUAUUUGGACGACGUAGCCUGCAGUAUGGAUGGAGUCCGACGGGGGCCCCAUUCCCGGCCAUCAUUAACAACCAGAUUCUAUACAUACGGAAUACCGCAGACGUACUUGAGGUGUGAAAAUGGAGACAUUCUCGUAUCAUAGUCUACGAGUCAAAACGAUUCAGCGUCCUUGACUGGUCAACGUUCAGCGUCUAUCAGACAUCAGGUCUUAUUCCGUUUGCCCCACGUUUAGCGGUCAACUCCGUGUCUUUCACUCUUUGUCUAAAGAGAGUUUUAUUUUUCAGUUUUUUUUUCUUUUCUUUUCUUUUCGUUUUUUUUCCUCCUCCUGCCGGUCGGGUCGAUGAUCAACGGAGUCGGAUUACAGUGUGAGAUCCCGUGUUCUGUACUUCGACGUAAUGUGGCGUGGUGGGCAAUGAGGACAUCCACGUAUGUGUAUUGUACUAUUGUUCCCACUGCCACGCCACUAGGGUAUUGGUUCAGUUAUGAGUUCAUUCCAACACGAAGAUGAAAGGAAAGGAAACGAAAUUAAAUCUCGUUCGACCAUCUGAUAGGAAUGAGAUGAGGUUAUCCGGCAACGAUGUAACUCAGCAAUUUUAUUCUGAGGGGAUCGAUAAUACAUCGGCUGUGAUUUCCACCCGCUAUGAAAUUUGGAUAGUUUUGUUAAGCCUCCCCAUAGAUUGUGGCAAUGCCUAUUGAUUGGCGGCAGAUCCGCUGAGGG